AUGGCGAAGGUUUUCGAUUAUGCCGAGGUCGCGCAGCACAACACGGCCGAAAGCUGCUGGGUAAUUCUCUACGGCAAUGUCUACGAUGUAACGCGAUUCAUUCCCGAGCACCCUGGCGGCUCCAAAGUCAUCCUCCAACUCGCCGGCACCGACGCAACCGAAGAAUACGACCCCAUCCACCCUCCCGGCAUCCUCGAAGAGAACCUGGAAGCCUCUGAUAAGCUCGGUACCAUAAACCCAGAUACCCUCCCCAAAGAGGAGAAGACACCAGAAGAGACGGGAGAGUCACAAGAUGAAGGACCCGUAGAUCUGGACAGCAUACUGAACCUCGAUGAAAUUGAAGAGGUGGCAACAAAGCAAAUACCCUACAAAGCAUGGGCAUACUACUUCUCCGCGAGCGACGACCUCCAGAGCAAGUCCUUCAACAACAGCGUCUACCGAAGCAUACUCCUCCGACCCCGCGUCUUCGUCGACUGCACCCGCUGCGACACAUCCACCACCUUCAUCGGCAACUCUGUCAAACUCCCCAUCUAUGUCUCCCCGGCAGCAAUGGCGCGUCUUGCACACCCCGACGGCGAAUGGGGCAUAGCACAAGCCUGCUCCAACUAUGGCGCCAUGCAGAUAAUCAGCCAAAACGCGUCCAUGACCCCCGAACAAAUCGUCGCAGACGCCACCCCAGGUCAAGUCUUCGGCUGGCAGCUCUACGUACAAAACGAGCGCACCAAGAGCGAAGCCAUCCUAGACCGCGUGAACAAGCUCGACGCGGUGAAAUUCAUCUGCCUCACCCUCGACGCGCCCGUGCCCGGUAAACGCGAACACGACGAGCGCAGCAAAAACGUAGGCUCCAACCUCCCCGUGCGCGCCUCGGUCCAAGAAUCGCAAUCCGUUUCCAAAACAAGCACCAGCGCAACGACACCCACGCAAGCCAGCGAAAACGAGAAGCCCAAGCCCAAAUCAAUGGGUAUGGGCCAAUCCCUCUUCUGGGGCACAGCCGCAGAUUUAACUUGGCGCGAUACCUUGCCCUGGCUCGCAAAACACACGUCCAAACCCAUUGUCCUCAAGGGAAUUCAAACGCAUGAAGACGCUUAUUUGGCUUCUCUUCACGCACCACACGUCAAGGCCAUCAUCUUAUCGAAUCACGGUGGUAGGGCUUUGGAUACUGCACCACCUGCUGUACACACGCUGCUCGAGAUACGCAAAUACUGUCCUGAGGUGUUCGAUCGAAUUGAAGUGUGGGUUGAUGGGGGGAUUAAGCGGGGGACAGAUGUUGUUAAAGCCCUAUGUUUGGGGGCGAGAGGUGUGGGGGUGGGAAGAGCGGCAUUGUUUGGGUUGGGAGCUGGGGGUAAGGAGGGUGUGGGGAGGGUGCUUGAGAUUCUCAAAGCGGAAACGGAGACGUGUAUGCGUUUGCUUGGUGUGGAAAAGGUCGAGCAAUUGGGUAUGCAACAUAUCAAUACACGCGCCGUUGAGCGUGACAUUUGGGAUGGACCGGGUCUGGAGAGGGCUGUUGUUAAGGCGAAGUUGUAA